CCCAUAUAUCUCUCUGAGUUUUGUUUUGUCUACUACAAAGACCAGAUCUCGAUCUCUCUCCCAUCAUCUGUUGUGUUCUGUUGGUUUAUCUCAACCAAAGCCCACACGUCACGUUACAAAGAAAUAAACUUUUAAAAAUUGUUUUUUUUUCCCUCCAAAGCAAUCUAUUUCCUUCUCUUUAUUACCCAAAUCUUGAAUUCGACCGAACCCAUGUUCUAAUUAUCCUUGAAGACAUAGGAAUCCGAAUCUAUGUUAAAAAUCUCUUUUUUAUUCCGUUUGAGAUAUAUAGUUAUUUGGUAGUUGGUGACGCAACUAGGUUUCCACAACACAACAGAACAUGGGAUCGGCUGCGGUUGCGAGUUCUUCUUCUUCUUCUGAUGUUGCUGUCUCAGCUCUGCGUGAGAAGCAUGAGAAGGAAGUAGAGAAUCUAACACUGACGACACAACCUUUGAAUACAUUGAAGUUGUUUGUUGAGGCGACUAUUCAGUACAUCAAGCGAUCGGUAUCGUAUCUAUUGGCUCAUGGAGGUUGGUUCAUACUUAUUACCACUUUGUUAGUGGCAUCUGGUGGUUUGCUUGUCACUGUUGAUGGACCUCAUGGAAAGCAUGUUGAAGAAAUAUUAGAGUAUGUCCGAUAUGGCUUAUGGUGGAUAGCACUUGGUGUUGCAUCUUCUAUUGGUCUUGGAUCGGGUCUUCACACGUUUGUUCUAUAUUUGGGUCCACACAUUGCAUUAUUCACUCUAAAAGCCACACUUUGUGGGCGAGUUGAUCUGAAAUCUGCACCAUAUGAUACAAUUCAGUUGAAAAGGGUUCCAUCCUGGCUUGAUAAAUCUUGUUCAGAAUUCGGUCCCCCUUUGAUGAUAUCAGCUGCUGGAUCGCGUGUGCCCCUUACCAGCAUAUUGCCACAAGUCCAGUUGGAGGCGAUUUUAUGGGGUAUUGGGACAGCUCUUGGUGAGCUUCCUCCAUAUUUCAUCUCAAGGGCAGCUAGUAUUUCUGGGAGCACAGUGGAUGGAAUGGAAGAGUUAGAUGGUUCUUCAUCUGAGGAUAGUGGAUUUAUGGCGACUCACCUGAACCGGGUUAAGCGUUGGUUAUUAACCCAUUCACAGCACUUGAAUUUCUUUACUGUCUUGGUUCUUGCUUCGGUUCCAAAUCCUUUGUUUGACCUUGCUGGAAUAAUGUGUGGACAAUUUGGAAUUCCAUUUUGGGAGUUCUUUCUGGCGACUUUAAUCGGGAAGGCGAUCAUCAAAACUCACAUACAGACGAUAUUUAUCAUCUGCGUUUGUAAUAACCAACUGCUCGACUGGAUGGAGAAUGAGCUGAUCUGGAUACUAAGCCAUGUCCCGGGUUUGGCUUCUAUGUUGCCUGGACUCACAGCCAAACUCCACGCCAUGAAAGAAAAGUAUAUUGAUGCACCAUCUCCUGUUCCAUCUCACAUCAAGGUGAAAAAAUGGGAUUUUUCGUUUGCAUCGAUCUGGAAUGGGAUAGUGUGGCUCAUGCUCCUCAACUUCUUCGUCAAGAUUGUGACAGCAACUGCACAAAGACACUUGAAGAAAAAGCAAGAGAAAGAAAUGGUUGUUUUGACUCAUUCAGAUUGAUAAAAAUAGCAACCCCACAAAUCUUUCUUCCUUUUGCUCCAACAUCAAAACAGACACUAUCCAGGUUUUGAGACGAAGAAUGAACAACAACAACAAAAAUUGGCAGCUUUUCUCUUCUCAUCUUUGACACAUUGUUUCUGGUGGUACUGUUCUAGUGCACUGUAUAGAAAGAACAAAAAAAAAAAGGAUAAAGUUAGGAGGAAUUGAGAUUAUGAGAUUGCAGGAGGUUUAUUUUGAUCCUGUGAUUCCAUAGUUUAAGGUUAUGUGGGAAGAUUUUUUUUUUAUAAAAAAGAAGCAUUAAUUGCUAAUUUACUUCCGUUUAUUGUUAGAUUGAAACCUAGUGUAAGCUUUUAAGGCCUAUGACAACUUCCAUUGUUUUA